AUGCAAAGAAAAGCUGGAUUAGUUUCUUUUCUGACAAUAGAAAUGAAAAAUACGAUCCCUGCUAGCAGUAAUGCAAAGAAAAGCUGGAUUAGUUUCUUUUCUGACAAUAGAAAACUUGGUUGUGGUCUUGAUUUGAAUUAUGUACCCCCUAAUGAAAAAGAUACAGUGAGUUUUGGGGAGGAUGAAUGGUAUGAAGGUGCAUCUGUUUGGGAUUCUGCACUUAUUGGUCAGGUACUGGGGAUGAAUAUCAAGUUUAAGGCUAUGGAAUCUUUUGUUCAAAAGGUUUGGUCACAUAUGGCAUUACCUGAGAUCUGCAUUCUUAAGCCAGGACUAUUUUUGUACAAAUUUAAAAGCAAAGAAGAUAUGAGGAUUAUUCUGGAAAGUGGUCCUUGGUUCUUUGGAUCUAGACCCCUUCUCCUCAAACCAUGGUCGAUUGAUGAAGAAAUAGGUAAAAGAAAUGACUGCUUAUAUCCAAUGUGGAUUCAGUUUCCAGGUCUUAGAUUGAACUUGUGGAAUGCAAAAUGUAUCAGUAAAAUAGCUAGUCUCAUUGGCAAACCUAUUGCCACUGACAAGCUUACUGCAAGCAGACAGAGGCUAGAAUAUGCUAGAGUUCUUGUAGAGGUAAAUAUGCCCUCUCCCCUUCCAGAUCAUAUCUCCAUUCAGGGGCCAAAAGGGGAAAAAAUUUCUCAGAAAGUGAUCUAUGAAUUAAAACCUAGAUGGUGUGAUUUUUGUAAACAAGUGGGACAUGAAACAAGCUAUUGCAAGAGAAAAACUGGAAUACAAAGAUGGGUCCCUAAAAGCAAAGCUGUUUCCAAUGAUAAAAAUAAGCUUGAGAACAACUUGAACCCACUUGACGUGCAUGAUAUUGCUCAAAUAAAGACUGCUGAUAAAGGAAAAGAAAUCAUUCAAGAUUCUGCAAGUUAUGAUGACUGUAUAAAUGAUUCUCAGACUGGAAGGACCCCUGUGCAUGUUGUACAUGAUAGCAGUCUGAGUGAGCAUUGCAGCAGGUUUGUACAGUCUGGGGUAAAACUGACUGAAAAAGAACCUAUCUAUAUACAACAAGCUCAUAUGGUGCAUGUUUUAGGAAAUGGAGUUGAUAUACAACAAAUAAGCAACAAGACUGGUUUGCUGCAGGCUGUGCAUGUUGAUGAAUGUGCACAAAAACCUGAAUCUGGAUCAAAGCAAGUACUUGGUUCUGGGAAAAAUGCUGAUAAUUCUUGGAUAAUUGUUCAAGGGUCCAGAAUUAAAAAAAAUGCAUCUCCAUUAGUAUCCAGUUGCUCAGACAGUGACCCCUCUUAUCAUAUUUCUUUCAUAGCUCUCCUGGAAACCAAAAUCAAAGAAUCAAAACUACCAAAUUCUGUCAAGAGGAUUGCAAAUGACUGGAAAUGGUUAUCAAAUGUCAGGAACCCUUUUAAAGCCAGGAUUCUUAUCCUAUGGGAUCCUAGAAUACUGGAUACUCAUGUUGUAAAUAUCUCAGACCAGCAAAUUACUUGUGCAGUUAAAUCAUUUGAUGGGAGACUGGACUGUGUCAUCUCAUCUAUAUAUGGUGUCAAUCAGAUGGAGGGUAGAAAAGAAUUAUGGGCAGAUUUAAUUCAUAUUCAGAAAUCAAUAGGAAAUGUUCCCUGGAUCAUCUGUGGGGACUUUAAUGCAAUGACUGAUAAAGAUGAUAAGCUUGGUGGUGCAGUUCUCUCUGACUCAGAUACCAGGGACUUCAGCAAUUGCAUUGCAGACUGUCAUCUUAACCACAUGAAAACACUAGGCUGUUUCUAUACCUGGAAUAACAAGCAAGAAGUAGAAACAAGAGUGUGGAGCAGACUUGAUAGAGCUCUAAUAAAUGAUCAAUGGAUUUCUGCCUAUAAUUCAAGUUAUGCAGAAUAUUUGUUACCUGGAUAG